AUGGCGAGCGACGGGUUGGGCCGCGUGGAGGCCGCCUGGUUCACCCCGUCGCGUCUCCUCCUCCUCUUCUGCCUCAUGUCGCUGCUCAUCUACCUCGACCGCGGAACCAUGUCCAGCGCGGCGGUGAGCGGCAACCCCGGGGGCGACGCCCCCGGCUCGCCCCCGCCCUCGGGGCUCCAGGGCGAGUUCGGCAUAUCCUACUACCAGUACGGCUGGCUCCAGGCGGCGUUCAUGAUCGGGCUCCUGUGCGGCUCCCCCGUCUUCUCCGCGCUCGCCAAACGCGCCAACCCGUUCCGGCUCAUCGCCGUGGGCCUCGGCACGUGGACCGUCGCCACGAUGGCGUGCGCGACGUCCCCGAAUUAUUCGUGCCUCUUUCUCGCUCGGACCUUCGUGGGCGUCGGCGAGGCGUCCUUCUGCGCGCUCGCCGCGCCCUUCAUCGACGACUUCGCGCCGAGGGGCAAGAAGGCCACGUGGCUCGCGUGCUUCUACCUGUGCAUCCCGCUCGGCGUCGCCCUCGGGUUCAUGUACGGCGGCGUCGUCGGCGGCGCGCCGAGGAUGGGAUGGCGGUGGGCGUUUGCGUUGGAAUCCGCGGCUAUGCUCCCGGUGGUGAUGUUUUGCGUUUCGUCGGCUCCCAUUCCGAUGCGCGGCGUGUCUGUUGCGUCUUCAUCUUCUCACGUCUCCUCCGACGAUGCGGGGUUCGGGACGAUGACGAAUGGCGCGGGAGGCGAGGGGAGCUGCGAGAGCGACGCCGAGAGCGAUGCCGCCGGCGACGGCUACGGAUCUGAUCGUCGUUUGAGAGAAAGGUCACGCCGGAGAAAUCGUCGCCGUUUGGGGAUCUCUUCCGAGACGGCGGCGCGUGAGUUUUUGCGCGACGCCGCCGAGCUCACGCGCCACCCGAUCUACGUCGCCACCGUGGUUGGAUACGUCGCGUACACCGCCGUCAUCGGCGUGUACGCCGUGUGGGGACCCAAGGCUGCGUACGCCGUGUUUUCAACCGACUUACGCACGCCGAGCACUGCGGAUCUGGUGCUCGGUUUGGUCACCGUCGUCGCCGGCGCGGGGGGCACCGCGAUCGGCGGCGUCGCGGUGGACAGACUUGGGGACUCGGUGGGCAACGCACUGGCGGUGUGCGCCGUGUCCGGGGCGGCGGGGUUUAUCUUGCUGGAGGUCGCGUUUGCGUCGACUUCGUUUCCCGUUUUUUUGGCGUUUUUUUUGUUGGGUGAAACCGCUGCUUUCGUCACGCAGGCGCCGAUCAACGCCGUGGUGUUGUGGUCCGUGCCCCCCGGUACAAGGCCGCUCGCGUGUUCCAUGACCACCGUGGCGAUACACGCGCUCGGGGACGUGCCCACGCCGCCGCUGUUCGGCGCGACGCUGCAGGCGCUGGCGGGUGGGGGCGCGUUGAAGCCCGAGCACUGGCGCAUCGCUCUGUGCGCGUUCACCGCGGGGCUGCUGGUGAGCGCCGGAGUCUUGGCGAGGACGGCGAUGAGGGCGGGGAGAGGCGCGGGGGGGAGGGAGGGUGGGGACGGGGAGGAGGGUGGGGACGGGGAGGAGGGGGGGAGCGCGCCUCUGCUCGGCGGCUCGGAGUAG